CCCCCAACCAUCAUGACCUCCAGUUCCAGAUUACCUCCUCUGCGGGAAAUCACGCCCGCGGAGGUCGACAAGCUCCCUGAGCUCCCCUCCAAGAAAAUCAAGACGGAUCACGACAUCGACCUGUGGAAGACGACGAGGUCGUACUAUGACUUCUCGCUCUUUGUGCGACGAUUGUGCGAGAGCGUGGUGGGGAGGGAGCUGCCCUAUGAGCCUGAGGUGGUGGGGGAGCCAGUCAAAGGCACGCUGAAGCUCCUGGAUACGCUGGAUGACUGGAUCGACGAGAUCCCGCCACAACACUCGCCACAGCGGUUUGGGAACCUUGCAUUCCGAACAUGGGGUCGGCGGCUAGAGGAGCACGGCGAAGCCCUCCUCAAAGCCCUAGUCCCACACAACCUCGUCCCCCACAUCCUCCCUUACUUCCUCACUUCGUUCGGCUCGUUUGUGCGCAUGGACUACGGCACUGGUCACGAAGCGUCAUUCGCGAUGUUCCUCUGCUGCCUGACAUUGACGCGGUUCUUUAAGCCAGAAGAAGAGCAGGAGCGGCAGCUGGUGUUCCUCGUCUUUGUGCGAUACCUGAGAUUGUGCUGGAGACUGCAGGAUGUGUACCGACUCGAGCCCGCGGGCAGUCAUGGGGUCUGGGGCCUCGACGACUCGUGCUUCUUGCCAUACAUCUUUGGGAGCGCACAACUACGAGACCAAACUACCAUCCCCGUCGAUGCCGUUCUCCGUCCGUCCCUGCCGGCGACGAACCUCUACUUCAUGGCGAUCAUGCGGAUUCAUGAGGUGAAGCAUGGCCCCUUCCACGAGCACUCCUCGCAGCUGCACGCGAUCGCGACCGGGGUACGGACGUGGUCGAAGGUACAUACGGGGCUGUUGAAGAUGUUCGAGGCCGAAGUCCUCGGCAAGCGCGUCGUCGUGCAGCAUAUCCCGCUCGGGGGAAUUCUGGAGUGGAAUGUGGAUGAGGGCGCGGAGGAAGGGUCGGCAACUGGGGCGAAUCGGAGCAUCGCCAGCGACGGCCACCCAGGCGUCGGCGAUAGAGCCUGGGACGGCGGGCCCGUCGCCUACUGGGGCACCAUGGGCUGCAUCGUCGACCGCGGCAUCGUGGGCUGCAUCGUCAACUGGGGCCCCGUGGGCUACUUCCACAACGGCGACGGCCCCAUCUCGAGCGGCGCCGACGAGUGCGCCCUGGGCGACGGCAGCGCCGACAGGUGCACCUUGGGCUACGCCAACCGCAGCCCCGUGGGUUUCUACGACUGCGGCCUCGCAAGCUGCAACCACUGCAGUGCCGCGGACUCCAACGACUGGUGCGCCGUGGGCGGCGUCACGCGGCCCGACAUCGACAACGUCGCGGGGUAA